AAAGCCAUUAAAAGUCAGUUUAAUUAGAAUUUUUAAGAAUACUUUGAACAAAAGAUAAAUAUAUUGUAUCAUAUUUGAUUUUAUAAACAAUAUAUAUAUAUAUUUAAUAUUUUUUAAUAAAUAUGGACAAAGGUUAUUUGUUGUCAAAUAAAGUUGGUUUUAUUGGUGGUGGAAAUAUGGCAAGUGCUAUUGGUGCUGGCUUAAUUCGUAAAGGUAUUUUAAAUCCAGAUAAUGUUUGGGUUUCUGCUCGUACAAAUAAAACUUUAGGCUUUUGGAAUGAUCUUGGUGCUCAUGCUACAUUAAAAAAUGGAGAAGUAGUAGAUAAUUGUGAUAUUAUAUUCUUAGCAAUGAAACCUCAUAUGUUUGAUGAUGCACUUAAGGGUAUUAAAGAAACGAUAACAAGCAAAGCUUCACAUAUACUUUUUGUUUCAGUUCUUGUAGGAGUUACAUUAGAUUGUUUAGCUAAUAAACUUAAAUCUAUUGUUACAUAUCCCAGAAUAAUUAGAUGUAUGCCUAAUACUCCAAUGAUGGUUGGAGAAGGAAUAACAGUAUAUUGUUCUAUGAAUACAACAAAUCAAGAUGAAACUAUAAUAGAAAAAUUAUUUUCAUAUAUUGGUGUAAUUGAAAAUGUUCCUGAAUCUCUUAUGAAUGCUAUAGGUGGUCUUUCAGGAUCUGGUCCUGCUUAUGCAUAUCUUGUUAUAGAAGCAUUAGCAGAUGGUGCUGUGAAGAUGGGUGUUCCAAGACCAAUGGCAACAAAAUUUGCAGCUCAAGUAUUAGUUGGAGCUGGUAAAAUGGUAUUAGAAACAGGUAGACAUCCUGGUCAAUUAAAAGAUGAAGUAUGUUCUCCAGGAGGUACAACUAUUACAGGAAUACAUGCUAUGGAAUGUGGACAAGUUAGAUGAUAACAUAAAUGAGAUACAUGUGGUGAUACCUUUAUUUUCUCAUGAAAUAAAAUCAAUGCAUUUCUAAUUAUUAUAUCAUCAAUUUCCUAUUAUGAUAUAUAUAAAAGUAAGAAACGACAACGGGAGAUGAUUUUGAUGCCAUUUUUUAAAAAAUUUUCCAUCCUAAAAUAGACGCUAAGAUAUUAAAGUAUUAUUGUAAAAAUUUCUUUUUGAUAAUGUCUCUAUUCUCAUUCCCAUUAUUAUUCUCCAUAUUUAAUGUAAUCAAAAUAUUGGAAUGCUCACUGAAAAUAA